AUGGAUGAUGAUAGCAAUCUUGAUGUUUUAAUUAUAGAAUUUUUUGAAUUAUAUGGAACUCAAUUCAAUUACACUGAUUUAGCAAUUAUUACAGCAAAUGAAGGGAAUGAAGGAUGCUAUUGUUUAAAGCCAGACUUGGACAAUGAAGAUUUACAGCAAAGAGUUGAAACUGAAAAAGAUAAAUUAGAAUGGCAGGAUGAAAAUAUUGAAUUCCAAAGAAGAGAAAGGAGGGAAAGAAUGAAAGGUGGUCUGGAAUCAUAUGCAGAUUUCAUGUAA